AGCGGGAUGUGAGGGAGGGAGCAUGCGGGGAGCGCGAGAGAAGAACGCUGCCAUGCAAAGCGUCGCUUGACAGCGUCUUUUUUACUUCCACCUGCGUUCGUCGCAUAAGGAUUGUGGAUUGCAUCUGCCCGGCCAUUGAAAUCGCGUCUUACUUCGAUGCCCGAGUGCGAUGCAUCUUUGCUUUAACAGAUUGACGGAGUCGCUUGAAGGAUGCUGCACACGGAGGAUCGCUGUUUGACAUGCACUGACAUUUAAAAUGAGCCAUCUGAACCGUGCACAUCUCGUGCUUUUCGACUCAUGAGUGCACAGCGUGAUUAAACGCGUGCUUUUAAUCGGAGCGUAACCUCCGUAGGCUGCUCUGACACAUUUCUAAACGUUUGUUAUGGGGGUCAGCACAACAACCCGAGGCGGUGGGGUUUGAUUGCAGCCUCUAUUGCGUGUUUUUACUUAAAGAUCAUAUAUACUUGCAUCAUCGUUUAUGCUCGCUGAUCAGCUGUUAAGCUUGUGAAACUGCGGCGAGCGCGGGUUGUUGUGUGUGGUGCUGAAAGGACAGCUCCCACCACAGCGGAUCAUAUGGAUCAAUAUUAGGGGUCUGACAGUGUCGCUCUCGGGCUUUAAUGGCUGUGGCACGCAAGAUCAAAACUCUGCUGACGGUCAACAUUCUGGUGUUCGUCGGGAUCAUCUUGUUCUCCGUCUACUGCAGGAUCCAGGACCGAUCCGAAGAGCUCGUACAGAUCGGGAGGCUGUCGGAUCAGAGACUGCGAGGCAGGAAUGCCAAAGUUACGAACUCCAUGGACAAACAGUCCAUUCUCAAAAGGCUGGAGCGACUUGAAGAUGUGGUCUAUAACCAGUUAAAUGGUCUAGCCAAGCCCAUGGGUCUGGUGGAGGGUCCUGGAGGUCUAGGACAGGGCGGCGCAGCUGCCACGCUGGGGGAGGACAGCCGAGAGAGUGAAGGGAGGUACGAGGAGUACGGCUACAACGCCCAACUGAGCGACCGCAUCUCCUUGGACAGGAACAUUCCGGACUACAGGCCCAAAAAGUGUAAGCAGUUGACCUACCCUGAUGACCUUCCCCAGAUCUCUGUCGUCUUCAUCUUUGUGAAUGAAGCUCUUUCUGUCAUCCUGCGGUCCGUACACAGCGUGGUCAACCACACCCCGGCACACGUGCUUAAAGAAAUCAUUCUGGUGGAUGACAACAGUGACAGCGUGGAGCUGAAGUUCAAUCUGGAUCAUUACGUGAAUAAGCGAUAUCCCGGCCUGGUGAAGAUCGUGAGGAACAGUAAGAGAGAGGGACUCAUACGGGCCAGGAUUCACGGCUGGAAUGCAGCCACCGCUCCUGUUGUGGGCUUCUUUGACGCCCACGUGGAGUUCAACGCAGGCUGGGCUGAACCUAUCCUCACCAGAGUGAAAGAAGAUCACACUAGGAUAAUCCUCCCUGCGAUAGAUAAUAUCAAGUACAACACCUUUGAGGUACAACAAUACGCUAAUGCGGCUCACGGCUACAACUGGGGCCUCUGGUGCAUGUACAUCAUCCCACCACAGGAUUGGCUGGACAAAGGCGAUGAGACUGCCCCCAUCAGGACACCUGCAAUGAUUGGCUGCUCUUUUGUGGUGGAUCGUGAGUAUUUUGGAGAAAUUGGACUGCUUGAUCCAGGCAUGGAGGUCUACGGAGGAGAGAACAUUGAACUUGGUAUGAGGGUGUGGCAGUGUGGUGGCAGUAUGGAGGUUCUCCCGUGUGCCAGAGUAGCUCACAUUGAACGCACAAAGAAACCAUACAACAAUGACAUCGACUACUACGCCAAGCGGAACGCGUUGCGGGCAGCAGAAGUUUGGAUGGAUGAGUUUAAGUCCCAUGUCUACAUGGCCUGGAAUAUCCCCAUGAAUAACCCAGGAGUGGAUUUUGGAGACGUGUCAGAACGUGUAGCGCUGAGGAAGAAAAUGAACUGCAGGAACUUUCGCUGGUACCUCGAGCAUGUCUAUCCCGAGAUGAGGAUUUACAAUAACACCAUCACUUACGGAGAGGUGCGAAACAGUAAAGCCAGCGGAUACUGCCUUGAUCAGGGGUCAGAGGAGGACGACAGGGCCAUACUCUACCCAUGUCACGGCAUGUCGUCACAGCUGGCGAGGUACACCACUGAAGGCUUAUUGCAGUUAGGACCCCUGGGGUCGACUACGUUUCUGCCUGACACAAAAUGCCUGGUGGAUGAUGGAAGAGGAAGGACUCCGAGUUUAAAAAAAUGCGAUGCUGUCACCAGGUCUUCCCAGAGGCUUUGGGAUUUUACUCAGAAUGGACCCAUCAUAAGUCGAGACACGGGACGUUGUUUGGAGGUUGAAAUGUCAAAAGAUGCGAACUUUGGUCUGCGGCUGGUCGUCCAGCGUUGCUCAGGGCAGAAAUGGAUGAUUCGGAACUGGAUAAAACACCCCAGACACUGAGGAACGUCCAACCUGAAAAAUAACCUCCCUGAGCUGGAGAGCAGCCAUAGACACAAACCCUGAGUCUGGGGUUGAGACAGACAAGAAGAACUCUCUUUUGGGGAAAAUGCUUUCAAUAUAGACGUCUAAAGGUGAAAUACUAUCUUUGGAUGCAUUUACUGUUGAGCGAGCAGAUAAAGCAGAAGGCCGUCAUCAAAAGAGAAACACUUGCUCCUUGCAAGUCCUCUGUAUAGACUUCCAGUUUACUGCAGCGCACUUGUGUUCCCGAGUGGAAUUCUGAUGAGCUGAGAAAUAUUCAAAAGCGUUACGGAUGAACAAAGAAAGAGGAAACGAAAGUUGCAGACCCCUCUGAGCAAAGUCUCGAGUUUUACUUCUUAUCAAUUGCCAUAUCAACACUUAUUUCUUCAGGCUGUGAAUUGCUUUGGAUAAUUGAAUAUCCACGUUGAAACUUUAAAUGGGUAUCCCAAGUGCUACAGAAGAAAAAAAGAAAGUAGUAUAGACUUUAAUCUGACACAAUAGUUUCAGCUAUUUUAGCUAUUGAGUAUUUUCUUUCCUUGAUUUACAGACUUAAUUGCUAAUGCACAACAAAACCAUGUGUUCACUCAAGAACUCAUGUGCCUUUCUCCAUCUUUAUGCCAUCAGACCAGGGAAUGUUCCUCCCUAAGCAUGUACAAAAUAUUUGAUUUUAAAUUAAUUAAAGUAUGAAUAUAAUGUUAAGAGGUCUUAUUGUAGAAACACGUUGUAAAAUACUUAAAACAUGAUAAUCCAGGAAGAUCGAAACAAUAAAAACAAGUUUUCUUUUCUUUUGUACAACGUUGCGUGAUUUAAUUGAUGUGCAAAUCAGUACAGUAAAAUGAUCAGUGUUGAUUGAUGAAACCACAUUCGGAAGCAAUAAGUACUGGUAUGAAAUGUUUCAUUUUCUAGCAAAGUCAACGUGAAACAUUGUUUGAAACCCAUUGUAUUUCAAUAUUGUGAUUUUGUAAACAGGAUUUGAAGUUAUAUAUUGGAAACUGAAAAAAAGUGCAUUCUAAAAAUAAAGGUUGCAAAGGGGAGUUUUGUAAAAUUGCCACAGCAAAACCAUUUUGGGUUCCACAAGAAACUUUCCUGUAAACAGUUCUUAAAAGAAUCAUUUUCUUUUUUAGUGUGAAUCUUAUUUUUAUAAUUUUAAGAACUUUUUUUUUGUUAUAAAGACCCUUUUGUGCAAUGGCAAGUGUUCAUUAGAUGUUAAAGAAAUAGUUUGCCCAAAAACAAAAAUUGGCUGAAAAUUUGCUCAUCCUCAGGCCAUUUAAGAUGUAGAUGAGUUUGUUUCUUCAUCAGAACAGAUUUGGCAUCUGAAAUUUAGCAUUACAUCACUUGCUUACCAAUGGAUCCUCUGCAGUGAAUGGGUGCUGUCAGAAUGAGAGUCCAAACAGCUGAUAAAAACUUUACAAUAAUAAGCAAGUAAUCCAUCAGUUAACAUCUUGUGAAGCGAAAAGCAUUUUUUACAUUUUAAACCAUUGCUUUCUGGCUCUAUAGAGUCCUCUAUCCAUAAUAUUGCUUUGUUCAGUGAAAACUUGUGUUAAAUCAUGUGGAUUACUUCUGGGUAAUUGUGUUUUUAUCAGCUGUUUGCACUCUCAUUCUGACGGCACCCAUUCACUGCAGAGGAUCCAUUGUUUUGCAACUGAUGUAAUGCUAAAUUUCUCCAAAUCAGUGCCAAUAAAAGACAGAAUGAAGUUUGUUUUGCUGUUAACUUUUUUGCCUCCAUAGAUUCUCUGAAGCCCUAUGUCUGGAGUCCUGAGGAACUAGUUAAGAAAAAUGAAGGACAACCAGAGUUAAGUUUUGCAUUUAAACACACUUUCACUGCAGGAUGUACAAUCUAAUCAUAAACCACACAACUCAUCACUAAAGCACUGAAUGCUUCUCAAAGCGAUCAAACUCAGCGUGCAGCUUCUCUUUUUUUUUUCUUUGAAGCAAAC